AUGCCCAAUCCGCACGCAGAAGAACCUCCGCGCCCGCCAGCUGCGCCGCCCCGGCACCGACCGCUCCUACGAGCACACGAGCCCCGUCUACCGACGGAGCUGCUGCGCGCAGGACACGGCCGCCUGCUGGCGGCGCCCGCCCCGGCCCGCUCCCGCAGCCCCGGCCCCCCGCCCGCCGCCUCGUCGCCGGGCCCGCCCCACCACCGCCCCGCAGCAGCCCGACGAGAACGGCGCCACUUCGUGUCCGCGCCUACAUCACGCUUCAAGUCGUCGCGGAGUCCUGCUGGAGGGCCCGCCACGGGCAUCGGGCCCGCCGCCCGGCCAGGGGCAAGCGGGCGGGGCUGGCGGCGGAGGCGGCGGCGGCGCGGGGGCGGGGGCGGCGACGGCGGCCGCGGCGGCGGCGGACGCGCGGCAGCGGCUCAAGAAGGCGCAGAUAAUCUAAAUUCAGAUGUAAAGAUCUUCCUGGUUGUAUUGAAAGCAGUAUCAUUUUGGGGUAAUGAGUUACAAAUUUCAAGAAUGACCAUUGAACUUUUAUUCACGAUAUUUCGUCAUAAAAUUUUUAUCAAUAUCAUUAAAGUGUCAUGUCUAGUUCCUGAAUUUUUCAGCGCUCUAAUCAGCAGCAUUUCUGUAAGUGUAUGGCAUUGUCAUUUUCGAGAUAUUUGCGAUGGCAUUCAGAAAAAAUAUUUUUCUACUGUAGAGACAAGUGCUCAAUGUUUGGGUCUGCACAUGGAAACAUCACAUAUUAUACAACAUUUAUUUUACAAGCUAAUAAACGAUUUUAAUAGCGCACUUAACGAACUGAACUGGUAUUUGAUAAUAAAGAGGAACAUAUCUGUUUUGAAAGUGCGACAUUCAAUUAUUUAA